GGUUCGAUACCACAUAAUGGACAAGAUAUUUCUCCCUCACCUUCAAAAAAUAGAACCACAUGCACAGUUCGUAUUCAGUUUUCCGAUCAUAGAAUCUUCACUGGGGAGGAAGUACUAUGCCAAAGUAGGUUCGCUCAGCGAACGAGAACAAUUCGUGGGAGAGGCAGAGUCACUCAGAGCCAUAUACAAUGCUGCACCGGGACUAGCCCCUCAGGUGUUCGCAGCGGUUGGUCCAGAUAAUCCUGCCACGACAUCUGAACGGCCUUAUUUCCUGUCGGAAUAUCGGAAUAUAACAAGUCUUACUUCAAACCACAAAGCAGGGGGGGAACUUGGGAUGAGGCUAGCCACGGAGCUGCACGUGUACAAGAGCACCAUGGGCUUUGGAUUUCAUGUGCCUACCUUCUGCGGUGCAACUCGGCAAGAUAACGGCUGGUAUCAAACCUGGGAAGAAUGCUACAGCGCCAUGAUUGGAAGUCUGCUUGCCAUGCUUCGCGAUAAAGGCAGCUUUUCCGAACUUUGCACCAAGGGGGAACAAGUAAGGUCCAAAGUGAUACCAUUUUUGCUUCGCCCCCUUGAGAUUCAGCCCGUGCUAUUGCAUGGUGACCUCUGGAGUGGUAAUGCAGGUAUAGAUAGUUCAUCGGAUAAACCUGUUAUCUUCGAUCCGUCAUCUUACUUCGGUCACAAUGAAGCUGAUCUAGCCAUCGCUCGUAUCUUCGGUGGAUUUCCCCAUAGCUUUUUUGAAAAGUACCAUGAACACCUGCCCAAGACCGAACCUGUGGAUCAGUACGAGCUCAGAGCAGACCUUUACGAGCUCUACCAUUAUCUAAAUCACACAGUUCUGUUCGGAAGUUCAUAUGCAGGAAGCGCUCUGCGGAAGAUGACUAUACUCCUUAGGGCUUGCCCGUAGAUAGACACGCCAGCCAUGACGCAACAAUGACGGCAUGUAGCAGGCCAACCAGUAUAGUACUUGGUCAAUGUAUCAAUAUUGUAUAUUUUCUCGACUAGCUCGAGGGUUACAAUUUAUAGCGUUGUCUGCAGAGUUC